GCGGGGGUCGCCGCCGUGCGGAGCGUGCUGGGUGCGAGCUGCCGGCGCGAGGCUUUCCUUACGCAGGGACUAAAGCAGCUCCGGGAGGAACUCGGGUGCGGCGCUGCUGGGCCACAGCCUGAGAGCUCUCCGUGCCGCAGCCGGCUCGCUCGCCCCCUUUGAAUUGCUUUGAAUUGCUUUGCCCAGGCUCCAUCUGGAUCUGCUCCUGCGCUGCCCGUGUCGCGGUGUGGGCACAAAAAGCCUUCAGCGCUUGCGGGGACCCGAUGCCCCACUGCAGGGAGUGUCUCUGUACGGCGCGUUUAUAGCUGCGGCUGCUCCUGGUGCCCGACUGAGGGCGGAACAGGGCAGGAUGUCGCCGAAGAAGAGAGCUUCCCUGCCCGGGGCUGCCAGGAGAGGCCAUGACGGAGCCAGUGCUGAAUACAAGAAUAAAAGCUCCGGAUCCCUUUCAUCUCCUGUAUGGAGGGGGGAGGGCAGCUGCUCCUCCGUGCUCUGAGUGUUGUCUUCUCAGUGACCAGAGAGCAGGAAUUGCAAAUUAACAAGAAGUAGAAAAAAAAUCCACUCAGCCUGUGGUGUGAGUGAGAGGGAGCCAUGGAGCCAUUUCCAUGCAGGAAUGCAGGCAAAGGCAGACACAGGGCAUCUGCAUGUUUGGCAGGGCUGGCUCUGCUGCUGGGAAACGCUGGCAGCAGCACGACAGAGGGCAGAGUCAGUCCCUGACAUCUCCCUGCCCACCUCCCCUGGCCAACAUCCCUACCAGGCAGGCGCUGCUCAGCUUUUAUCUGCACAAAGCCUCGUUGCCCUGGAAGCGGUGCUUCAGAGCGUGCUGCAGAUUGAGGAGCCGGAGCCGCUCGAGGAGGCUUCGCGCUGGCGUUGUCACACCUUGACCAUGAACGGGUACCUGAACGAAUCCAAUUUCACGAUGGUGGAGGAGGGCUUCACCAGCAGGGACCUCCUGGAGAGCACCCUGCUGGAGCUGUGCCAGGCGGGUGACCGGCAGGCCUUCUUCGUGGCAGACCUCGGGGACAUCGUGAAGAAACACGUGCGCUUCCUGAAGGCCUUGCCCCGCGUGAAGCCCUACUUCCCCGUGAGGUGCAACAGCAGCGGAGCGGUGAUCCGGCUGCUGGCUGAGCUGGGGGCGGGCUUUGCCUGCGCCAACAAGACAGAGAUUGCAGAGGUUCAAAGCAUCGGGGUCCCAGCUGACAGGAUUUUCUACAGCAGCCCUUGCAAGCAGGUUGCCCACGUCAAAUAUGCAGCCAGCCACGGUGUGCAGCUGAUGACCUUCGACAACGAGGUGGAGCUGGGCAAGGUGGCCAGGAGCCACCCACAAGCUAGGAUGCUUUUGGGUAUUGCUGCUGACCCCAGCCCUUCUGCCCAUCCAAGCAUGAUGUUUGGGGCCACGCUCAAGUCCUGCCGGCGCCUGCUAGAGUCAGCGAAGGAGCAAGAUGUGGAGGUUGUUGGCAUCAGCUUUCACCUUGGGAGCCACAGCCUGGAGCCCCAGGUUUUUGCCCAGGCUGUCGCAGAGGCACGGCUGGCAUUUGAUGUGGGCACAGAGCUGGGCUACCAAAUGCACCUCCUGGACAUCGGAGGGGGAUUUCCUGGCACCGAGGACACCAGAGCCCAGUUUGAGGAGAUUGCUGCUGUGAUAAACUCUGCACUGGACAUGUAUUUCCCAGAAGGCUGUGGGGUGGAGAUUGUUGCCACACCGGGGCGAUACUAUGUCACCUCAGCCUUCACCUUUGCAGCCAGCAUCACUGGCAAGGAAGAGGUUCCCAUGGAGCAGCCAGGCUCUGAUGGUAAGUGGGAUUCAUGGGAUGGAUCUGCCUCUGUGCCCAUGUGCCCCCGAGCCUCUCCCUACUCCCCAGGGGAAGAGUCUGGCAGCAAGAGGAGCCUUGUCUAUCACCUCAGCGAUGGCAUCUACGGUACCUUCAGCUGUGUCCUGUUUGACAGUCCCUGCCCCAAGCCUCUGCUGCACAAGAAGCCCUGCCAAGAGCACCCCUUGUGCAGCAGCAGCCUCAGGGGUCCCCUGGGGCACGCAGAGGACCAGAUUACCAAUGAUGCGGAGCUGCCUGAGCUGCAGGAUGGGGACUGGCUGAUUUUCCAGGACAUGGGUGCCUACACCAUCGCAACUUCAUCCCUGUGCAGUGGGUGUCCCCGGCCACACGUCACCUAUGCCAUGUCCCGCCUGGCCUGGAAGGCCCUCCAGCUCCUCCAGGGGAAGCCACCGCCGGCAGAAGAUGACCAUGAGAGCGCCUGCACUCCGCUCUCAUGCGGCUGGGAGAUGGUGGAGUCCCUCUGCGUUCCCCCGGUCUUCACCCCAGCCAGCAUCAUCUGAGCAGGAAAGGCCCACGCCGGCACCCUGCACCCACAGGGCUGCAGGCAGAGCUCAGCAUAGCACAGUCCUGCUCCUCCUGCUUGUACGGUGUGCUCAGCGGGUUUGGGUGCUUUCAUAGGAGUUAUGGUAAUAAAUGGGUGUUGAGCCUGG